CUAAUUAAGACUUAAGAAUUUGACCCGUGUCAACAUGGCAGAGCAAAGAGCAGCAGGGUUGUACUUUUCUUCUUCUAGUGUUUUAGUAGGCACAAGACAGAUUUUUUUUAGGUUGGGUGAUUGGGUUGGAUUGAUUAAAUUUUUUAGGGUUUGGUAUGUUUUCGAUGGAUUUGGGUUGCAAAAGUCGGUUUAACUGGUUUUGCAUUGGUUCAUUCGGGCGGUUCAACUGAAGUUCACGACUCAACUAGUUCUCAUCCUUACUCCGGAUUUCAAUAACAUUGGAAAAAACAAAGAAAUAAUACUGAAUAUAUAAAACCCAAAAAUAAAUCCAAAACCAAGUAAAAGAGGAUAUUAUACCCUUCCCGGUUCCGGCCAACUUUUUCCGGUCAAUCACUCACGCAUUUUGGUUUUCGCUUAGAGCUGUAAAUAAUAAACAUAUAUUAGUUCGGAUUUCAAUUGGUUAGGGUUUCUUUUUUCUCCCUUCAAUACAGUAGGAGCUGGUUUUUGCUUUCAAGUAUUUACUGGUUAGAUUCCAGAGCAGUCUCUAUCUCUUUCCUAGGGUUUGUGGAAUUCAGAGUUCAAUUCGUUGCUCUGUUUAUCUCAUUUAACGCUUUCUUCCCACUAAUUUUUUUGCCGACCUGAUUAAAUUAAAAAUUUUUGGCGGUUGAUUUUGCUAGGGUUUUAGCUACUUAAGCUGAAUUCUGGAAAUUAGGAUUUCGAAGUUUCGAAUUUAUUCCUUUUGGGUUUUUUUUUUCUUGAAAGGAAAAUAGGAAAUUUCAAAUUCGAGUUGAAGGUUUUCCAAUUUGAAUAAAUUUCUUCAAGAAAACUAGGAGAAAAAAGAAGCCCAGAAUUCAAAAUCUCAAGUUUCAUGUUUUACUGUUCUUUUAUGCGGCUUUCUUAUUGAUUUAUCUCUGUUUUUGAUACUGUGAUGAAGUGAAUAAAAGAGAAGAAGAAUGGCCUCGUAUAGGUCAUUCCCACCACAAUCCUUUCCUCCUCCACCUCCACCAAAUCAAAAUCCUCUCCCACCCCAACAACAUUAUGAUCAAAAUUACAAUCAAAUGAAUUUGAAAUCAAAUUAUCAUUACCCUUCUUCAAGACCGCCCCAACAACAGCAGCAGUCACCGCCUCCUCCACCUCCACUUCCACAGCAGCAAUAUUCUUAUCCCCCACCGCCUCCGCCACCUCCGGAUUCUUCCUAUCCACAUCCCCCACCCCUUCCUCUGCCAACAGUGUCGCAAAAUACCUUCAACUCACAGCCACCAAUAUACUAUCCACCUUCACAGUACUCAUCACAGUAUGGCAAUCAAGCAGUGCAGCCACCUCCUCCACCGCGUCCCCCAAGUUCUCCCGGUUCUUUAAUCCCUCCACCUCCUCCUCCCAGUUCUCCACCUCCGCCUCCUCCAAAGGAGAGUUCUGGGGACAAGAGGUUAAGUGAGCGCAGUAAAGUGGGGAAUAGAGAUUUUUCAGGUUCUGGAAGGCGUGAACAUGGGCAUUCCAAUCACAGGAUUGGUGGUAGAGAGCACAAGCCAAUGGUGCCCCCUGUAAAGAACCCAAAUUUUCAUGCAGGAAGAGUGGAAACAGAGGAAGAGAGGAGGUUGAGGAAGAAGAGGGACUUUGAGAAGCAAAGACAAGAGGAGAAUCAUAGACAGCAGAUGAAGGAGUCGCAGAAGGCCCAAUUAAUGUCUUCCAGCAAAGCGCAUGGUUCAAUGAUAGGCUCACGGAUGGGAGAUAGGAGAGCUACACCAUUUUUGAGUGGUGAGAGGAUUGAGAAUAGAUUAAAGAAGCCAACUACGUUCUUGUGCAAGUUGAAAUUCCGAAAUGAACUUCCUGAUCCAAGUGCACAGCCCAAACUUAUGGCCUUGAAGAAAGAUAAAGAUCGGUUUACAAAAUACACCAUCACCUCUCUGGAGAAAAUGUACAAGCCUAAACUUUUUGUUGAGCCAGAUCUCGGGAUACCACUGGAUUUGCUUGACCUCAGUGUGUACAAUCCUCCUAGUGUUAGACCACCACUUCCCCCAGAAGACGAGGAACUCUUGCAUGAUGAUGUAGCUAUAACCCCUAUAAAGAAAGAUGGCAUAAGACGAAAAGAAAGACCCACUGAUAAAGGUGUUUCUUGGCUUGUUAAAACACAGUACAUUUCUCCACUUAAUAUGGAAUCAAUGAAACAGUCUUUGACUGAAAAGCAAGCAAAAGAACUGCGAGAACUUAAGGGAGGCCGUAAUCUUUUGGAGAACCUUAACAAUAGGGAAAGACAAAUAAAAGAAAUUGAGGCAUCAUUCGAGGAAUCCAAGUUACGUCCUGUCCAUGCAACCAAUAAAAACUUAGAGCCUAUUGAAGUUAUGCCUCUCUUACCUGAUUUUGAUAGGCACAAUGAUCAGUUUGUUAUGGUGGCAUUUGAUGGUGCUCCUACAGCUGACUCGGAAAUAUUCAGCAAGCUUCAUGGCUCUGUUCGUGAUGAACAUGAAUCAAGGGCCAUUAUGAAAAGUUAUGUGGCACCAAGCUCGGAUCCAGCUAAUCCUGAUAAAUUUUUGGCAUACAUGGUGCCUUCCCUUGAUGAGCUGUCGAAGGAUAUGUAUGAUGAGCUCGAAGAUAUCUCAUAUUCUUGGGUUCGCGAGUACCACUGGGAUGUGCGGGGUGAUGGCGCAAAUGACCCAACAACAUACCUGGUUUCAUUCAAUGAAGGAGAUGCCCGCUAUGUGCCUCUUCCAACAAAGCUUAAUUUAAGAAAAAAGAGGGCCAGAGAGGGAAGAUCUGGUGAUGAGAUUGAACAUUUUCCUAUACCUUCCAGAAUUACUGUAAGGAGGAGAUCAACAGCUGCUGCAAUAGAACUGCAAGAGCCAGAGGUUUAUUCCAACACAAGGGACAGUAAUUCGAGAAGGUUGGAUGCGGAAGAUGGCGUGGGAAGAACACGGAAGCUUGCACGACAUCAAGAUGUGGGUCAGUAUAGUGGACAUGAAGAUGACUUCUCUGAUUGAUUGGUGCAAUGCAUGAAAUGGGGGUAACCCCCGUUUACAACAUUUUUGAGGAAAUAAAUCAAAGAUGGCGAGAUGUAUCAUCCCCCCAUUAUUUUCCUAACAUAAAUUUGCUGUGACCAUAGUUCAAUUCAGUGGAGAUGGAUUUUUCUUUA